CGGGAACUCUGCGGGAGUCCCGGCCGCUCCACUCCGAGGGACCCAGGUCUCGGGCCCAGCGUCCGUCCCGGAGCGGCACGAUGAUCCCCGUGGCAGAGUUCAAGCAGUUCACGGAGCAGCAGCCAGCGUUCAAGGUGCUCAAGCCCUGGUGGGACGUGCUGGCCGAGUACCUCACCGUGGCCAUGCUCAUGAUCGGGGUCUUCGGCUGCACGCUCCAGGUGACGCAGGACAAGAUCAUCUGUCUGCCCAGUCACGAGUCCCGGGAUAACGCAUCCGAGGCCCCGUGCCGGCAGCUGCUGCCGCGGGGGGUCUCGGAGCAGAUGGUGGGGGGGCUCCGGGAGGUGAGCGGCCUUAAGAACAACCUGGACCUGCAGCAGUACAGCUUCAUCAACCAGCUCUGCUACGAGACGGCCCUCCACUGGUACGCCAAGUACUUCCCUUAUCUGGUUGUCAUUCACACGCUCAUCUUCAUGGUCUGCACCAGCUUCUGGUUCAAGUUCCCGGGGACCAGCUCCAAGAUCGAACACUUCAUCUCCAUCCUGGGCAAGUGCUUCGAUUCGCCGUGGACCACGCGGGCCCUGUCCGAGGUCUCCGGGGAGAACCACAAGAGCCCCGCCACGGGACGAACCACGGCGGCCGCGGCGGCCGCGGCAGGAGGACCGGGGCCCGGGCCGGGCAAGACAGGCGAGGGCGAGAAGGAGAAGGUGUUGGCGGAGCCGGAGAAGGUGGUGACCGAGCCGCCAGCCGUCACCCUGCUGGACAAGAAGGAGGGCGAGCAGGCCAAAGCCCUGUUUGAGAAGGUCAAGAAGUUCCGUGUCCACGUGGAGGAGGGGGACAUCCUCCACAGCAUGUACAUCCGGCAGACAGUGCUCAAAGUGUGCAAGUUCUUCGCCAUCCUGGUCUACAACUUGGUCUACGUGGAGAAGAUCAGCUUCCUGGUGCCCUGCAGGGUGGAGACCUCCGAGGUCACGGGCUACGCCAGCUUCUGCUGCAACCACACAAAGGCCCACCUCUUCUCCAAGCUGGCCUUCUGCUACAUCUCCUUCGUGUGCGUCUACGGGAUCACCUGCCUCUACACGCUCUACUGGCUGUUCCACCGGCCGCUCAAGGAGUACUCCUUCCGGUCCGUGCGGGAGGAGACCGGCAUGAACGACAUCCCCGACGUCAAGAACGACUUUGCCUUCAUGCUGCACCUCAUCGACCAGUACGACUCGCUCUACUCCAAGCGCUUCGCCGUCUUCCUCUCCGAGGUCAGCGAGAGCCGCCUGAAGCAGCUCAACCUCAACCACGAGUGGACGCCGGAGAAGCUGCGGCAGAAGCUGCAGCGCAACGCGCGGGGCCGGCUGGAGCUGGCGCUGUGCAUGCUCCCCGGCCUGCCCGACACCGUCUUUGAGCUCAGCGAGGUGGAGGCCCUGCGGCUGGAGGCCAUCUGUGACAUCACCUUCCCGCCGGGGCUCUCGCAGCUGGUGCACCUGCAAGAACUCAGCCUGCUGCACUCGCCGGCCCGGCUGCCCUUCUCCUCGCAGAUCUUUCUGCGUGACAGGCUGAAGGUGAUCCGCGUGAAAUGCGAGGAGCUCCGGGAGGUGCCCCUCUGGGUGUUCGGCUUGCGGGGCUUGGAGGAGCUGCACCUGGAAGGGCUCUUCCCCCCGGAGCUGGCCCGGGCCGCCACCCUCGAGAGCCUGCGGGAGCUGAAGCAGCUCAAGGUGCUGUCCCUGCGCAGCAAUGCCGGGAAGGUGCCGGCCAGCGUGACCGACGUGGCCGGGCACCUGCAGCGGCUCAGCCUGCACAAUGACGGGGCCCGCCUGCUGGCCCUCAACAGCCUCAAGAAGCUGGCGGUGCUGCGGGAGCUGGAGCUGGUGGCCUGCGGCCUGGAGCGCAUCCCCCACGCCGUCUUCAGCCUGGGCGCCCUGCAGGAACUCGACCUCAAGGACAACCACCUGCGCUCCAUCGAGGAGGUCCUCAGCCUCCAGCACUGUCGGAAGCUGGUCACGCUCAGGCUGUGGCACAACCAGAUCGCCUACGUGCCGGAGCACGUGCGGAAGCUCAGGAGCCUGGAGCAGCUCUUCCUCAGCUACAACAAGCUGGAGGCUCUGCCCCCCCAGCUCGGCCUGUGCUCUGGCCUCCGCCUGGUGGACGUGUCCCACAACGGACUGCGCUCCCUGCCGCCCGAGGUGGGCCUCCUGCAGAACCUGCAGCACCUGGAUCUCUCCUACAACGCCCUGGAGCUCCUGCCCGAGGAGCUCUUCUUCUGCCGCAAGCUGCGGACGCUGCUUCUGGACUACAACCACCUGAGCCAGCUCUCACCGCACGUGGGGGCCCUGAGGACCCUCAGCCGCCUGGGGCUCAGGGGCAACCGCUUGGAGGUGUUGCCCGAAGAGCUUGGCAACUGCGGGGCCCUCAAGAAAGCCGGGCUGCUGGUGGAGGAGGCCCUCUACCAGGGCUUGCCUGCCGAGGUGCGGGAGAGGAUGGGGGGGGAAUGAAGCCAGGGCCUGGCGCAGGUCGGGGUCCAGGCCUCCAGCGCUGUUCCAGGCGAGGUGGCCCAGGGGCUGAGCCAGAAAGGUGGGGAGGGCAGAAGCAGGGGGAGCGCUGGUGAUCAGCCUUGUGGAGCCGAGGCGAGAUCCUGGGGCUGGUUUGUCUGGGGAAGGCCAGGCGGUUGUGGAUUCGGGGUGGGGAUUAACUCAGAGACCAAAACCCCACACACCCAUGUUGUUGUUUUUCCUGCCUGGCUGCCUGCCUGCCCUCCAAGCCAUUCCAGCUCGAUUCUUGUGCUGUUUGUUGGGGUGGAGGGCACGUUCCGAUGGGAUUUUCUACCCUCUCCCCGCACACACAACCCAACAGCUUACAUCUCUCCCAAGGAGGGGACAGACGCACACACAAGGGACCAGCCCCCCCACAAAUGUCGGAUGCUAAUCCCUUCUUUAUAAGAAGUUGUGCGCCACGGACACGGGAACCAGACCAGUGGUUCUCACCUCUGGCUGUGUGAGCUGGCGCACGAGGACGCAUCCCAGGCCCCACCCAGGGAAAGACUCACUCAGGAGACUCCCAGGUAGCUCUGUGCAGGUGGUCCCAGCACGGUGGGAAACGCUGACCCAGGGAAGGGAUGUCGGAGGGUCUCGAUGCUGAGUGCCUCCCUCCUCGGGGAAGAUGCUCUCACAGAGAGAGUUCUGCCGCUGGCUCCAGGCAUCCCUGAGCUCCCGCAUCAGGACACCUGGUGGACUCCCCAAGCUUGGCGGCCUUCUUCGGGUUAAGAACACCUGCCGUGGAGGAGACACCGUCCUGAGGGCACGUGGCGACUGUCAGGGGAGCUUAAUAAAUGAAGUGAUGAUGGGGGCUGAAGCCUUGAC